CAUCGAUGUUGCGUCGUUGCGUCGUUGCCUUCGAGGAGUGAGACCUUCAUCUACCCCGUCGCUGGCUGACAUCGAGCGGCUAUUUCCCCCAUCACCUCUCCAUCCUACCCACCUCUCCAUCACCACCGUCCCGUACUAUCGACACCCACGAUACCGCGCUACCCCUUCCUCCCCUUCGACCUCUUCCUCCACCGCCCAACUUCUCGAGUUGAUAUGUCCUCGAGCUACCAUCCUCCGCUUCACCACCGCUCCCGACGCCUCGUCUCCCUCACCCUAGCGCUUGCCAUCCUCCUCACUCUCCUCGCCAUCUCCCCUUCACCCGUCACAGCGGCGACCCCUGCUCUGUCAGACAAUGGGCCCGCUACCCCACCACAACUGAGGCGCAGGUCAGCCUCCGGGGCAAAGAAGCACGUACCGGGACUUGGCCCCUUUGGCAGCUUCACGGACGCUUUGCCUGCGGUCAGAACCUUUCUCCCAGAAGAGAGAAUGGCGGCAGCAGCUGAGACGGCGGAGCUCUCGGAGCGAGAAGAGGCGGUGCCUUCCGUGCCCGAAAAGAGGGCAGAGCAACGACCGCGACAAGAGCAACGCCAGAAGGGAGUCAGGAUCACUAAGCGCUCCGAGCAAGGUAUCGCCAGGCUCAGCGCGCGAGGUCUCGGUGACAAAGAUGAUGAUGGGGUCGCCCAUCUGAUUGCCCGUAAAAAGCUACGAACUGUAGAGCGAGAGCAACGAGCGAGGGAGCAGGAGGAGGAGGAAGAAGAAGACGACUAUGACUCUCGCGAUGCUGAAGAGCCGGAGGGCACACGAUACAGCGUUGAUCCCGCCAAUCACCCAUUGCCUUGACGCAGCACCACAGCAUCACGCACGACCCUAGAUGGGCUCCAGCACCGAUAGCGACCUCAGCUUCAUACAUGUAACAUACAUUCAUCAAGACUCCGCAUCAUCAUCAUCGACAUUCAGCAUCGAUCAUUGUCCAAACUUUCCCUUCAUCAUCAACGAUAGCAUCAUCAGCACACGCCUCGGGGGCAG